GCCUAUAUUUUACGCAUACCGGUUGAUCUCGAUGCUAACAUCGAGUUUUCAUAGGACAAUGAUUUUGGUUAGAAUUUGUAAAUGUAUAACACUUAACAGUUUUGAGAUAUAUAAUUAAAUUAACUUUAACAUUUUCAUAUAUUGACGAUUUUAAAACUUAAUAAUGCAUACAGUUUUGACACGUGGAAAUGCUAUUUUAGCAUAUACAUUAAGUGUAUCAGCUUGCCUUACAUUUUGUUGUUUCCUUUCAACAGUUUUUAUAGAUUAUAGAGCAAAUGCAACUUUAAAUACAGUAAAAGUAGUCGUGAAAAAUAUGCCAGAUUAUAGUGCAUCAAAGGUGAAAAAUGAUCUUGGUUACUUGACAUUUGAUCUUCAAACUGAUCUCACUCCAUUAUUCAACUGGAAUGUUAAACAGUUAUUCUUAUAUCUUACAGCAGAAUAUCAAACGAGCAAUAAUGACUUUAAUCAGGUAGUUUUAUGGGAUAAAAUAGUUCUACGUGGAGACAAUGCUGUUCUAGACUUUAAAAAUAUGAAUACAAAAUAUUAUUUCUGGGACGAUGGUAAUGGUUUAAGAGGUAAUAAAAACGUAACAUUAAUGUUAUCUUGGAACAUUAUACCAAAUGCAGGAUUAUUGCCAAGUGUUAAUGCCAUUGGUUUACACACUUUUGCAUUUCCAACAGAAUACACAACUUUACGUGUAUAAUGUAUGAUUAUUCAACAUUAUUGGAAAUAUAUUAAUAAUUUUAUAACAAUUUUUAAUUGUCUCAUGUAAAAUGUAAAAAAGUAUAUAAUAAAUAUAGGUUGUAAAUUACUUAUA